GCUAUGGUUACCCUCGCAACCCACGACAGUUUCCUUAAUAGAAAUGCCACCCCUCUCCCUCUCUCUCGCUUCCCCUUCCCGAACAGCUGUUCAAGGAUUGCGUAGCCCCCGUAGUGGGUCGUCGGAGAUGUUGCCGAUCCUAUAGAGUCGUUGAUCCUAUUCUAAGUGAUAUGUGAACACCAUAGCAGGACAUGGUUAAGGCUAAUAUAUGGGGCGUAUGAUAUGGGAGCUACGCCAGGCCUCAGCGCUCAACUCCGUCGUUUACAGAAGAAAAACAUGAGGUUGUGGAGGUGGUUGAGGAGGCCCAGGAUGAAGAUGGUGGUGAUGUCAGGAGUGGUGGUGAUGGUGGUGGUGGUGGUGAUGACGUUGAUGAGAGGGGCUGAGGCCAAUUUCUUGCUACCAUCUCCCUGGGGUUACAAAUGCGUCAACCAAACCUGCACCAAAAAGCUGUAUGACGGCAUCUCUCCGCUCACCUCCCUCAACCAAUGCAAGCUGACCUGUGGCGCGGCUGGUGUCCUAUGGCCCCUCCCCUCUGCCGUGACCCUGGGGAAGGAGGUCGUCCAGUUCCUGCCCGACAAAGUGACCCUAUUGCCGUCCUGCCAAGGUGAAGCAUGCGACCUCUUGCGGGAAGCUUUUGGGAUCUUUCGGGACAACUUGGAACACCUCAACCCGAGUUAUAGGCCUAAGGAGCGGAAGGCGACGUGGACGGUAGUUACAGGACAUCAUUUGACGCCCCAAGACCUAGUGGUGAAGGUGGUGAUCUCAAGUCCCGACCCCAGGCUGACUCUGUCCACCAAUGAGGGGUACCAGCUGUUACUCUCCACAGCUGGCGGCGUCACCAGUGCCACGAUAUCAGCCGGGACCUUCUAUGGCGCUCGGCACGGACUGGAGACUCUGACACAGCUGAUUGAGUACAUGGACUCUGGCUACCUAGGAAUUGUCACGAGUGCCUCAAUAAGAGAUGCCCCAGCCUACCCUUACCGAGGCCUGCUCAUUGACACCUCCAGGAACUUCAUCAGCAUAGCGGCACUUAAACGUACUCUUGACGGAAUGGCGGCCAACAAGCUCAACACCUUACACUGGCACAUCACGGACUCCCACUCCUUCCCGGUCAAGCUGGACUCCCUCCCGAACAUGGCAUACUACGGUGCCUACUCCCCCAGUCAGACCUACUCCCCGCUCCAGGUCAAAGAGGUCAUCCGCUACGCCCAGGUCAGGGGCAUACGCGUCCUGCCGGAGUUUGACGCGCCGGCCCAUGUCGGACACGGAUGGGAGUGGGGGGAGUUGCAAGGCCUCGGGAAGCUGGCAGUGUGCGUUGCCAGGGAACCAUGGCAAGAGUACUGUGUCGAACCUCCCUGCGGCCAGCUCAACCUCGCUAACCCCAACAUCUAUAGUGUAUUGGGCACCCUAUACAAGGAUCUGGUCAACAUGUUCGCCCCUAUUGACCUCUUUCACUAUGGAGGAGAUGAGGUCAACCUCAACUGCUGGAACACAACGGAUGAGAUCACCUCCUGGAUGAUUGCUAACGGAUACGGGCUGAAUGCGGAUGCCUAUUACCAGCAGUGGAGUGUCUUCCAGGAACGGUCUCGGCAACUCCUCACUGCUGCCAACCAAGGUGUCGAGGUGCCAGGAAUUCUAUGGACGAGUCACUUGACGGAGGCCGGCCGAGCACACCGAUUCCUCAACGCAUCGCAAUAUAUCAUACAGAUCUGGACCACGGGCGCCGACCCCCUCAUCGCGGAACUCCUGAACAAAGGCUAUCGGGUUAUAUUCAGUAAUUACGACGCGCUGUAUUUUGACUGUGGGUUCGGGGCAUGGGUCGGCGAAGGGAACAACUGGUGCAGCCCAUAUAUAGGGUGGCAGAAGGUCUAUGAUAAUGACCCCCAUGCAAUCGCCCUCAACCUCACCGGCUCAAAACAUGUCAACCUGAUUCUUGGUGGAGAGGCAGCGCUGUGGACUGAGCAAGUGGAUGACAGUAAUAUGGACACCAAGCUAUGGCCCAGGGCGUCUGCGAUGGGUGAGCGGCUGUGGAGCAAUCCGUCGACCGGUUGGCGUGCGGCUGAAUCCCGUCUCAUCCACCAUCGGCAGCGUCUCAUUCAGCGUGGAGUGCCGGCAGAGAGGAUCCAACCCCAGUGGUGCCACCAGAAUGAGGGUCUAUGUUACCUGUAGUGUGUGUGUGUGUUUGUGUUGGUUAGGUUGGUUUGUUACUGUUACUGUUUGUUCUUGUUUGUUAGUGCAUGUCUUUGUUUUAACCCCUUGAACACGGGGACACAUACACUCACCCUCGCCGCCCUGGUAUGAUAUCCGAGGACACAUGUAUGCUGUGUCCUGGAUGACUUCUCUGGGAAUCAUGUAAAUUUUUCCCGGAUAUUGUACGAGAGCUUUCAGAAUAUGGGUCCUGCAUGAUACAACAGCAUAGCUUUCAUUAUUAAUACAUAGGAAUGUGAGUUGCCUAUAUCAGGGGAGGCAGCCCAUUGAUGCACCCUGCUGGUCCAUGCUGUGUCAAGUGGUAUUUUACACACUCUAAUUUCUCCCCUCUCCUGCACUUCUCCUCCCCACAAGCCUAUCUACCCAUCACUGCUAAAAUAAGGGAGUAAAUUUCAGUGAAUAAAUGAUCAACACAGUACUGCAUAUCUUGUAAGUUUAUGUAUCCACCUCAAUAUUAUUAGUGAAUUUGUGUUUGUCUUCAUGCGCCAUUUAAUUACCCUUAUGCUGAUAUAUAAUACAUGAUGGUUAUGUUUAGCUUUAUGGCUUAAGUCUAGGUAUAUUCAGUGGUGACGUUUAAAAAUUGGUGCGCACGGCAUUCUCAGAUAUGCCUCAAGGCUUGCUCUCAGCCCGGCCGUGUCCAAGGGGUUAAAUGUACACUGUAAAACCUUUGUGUUGUAGUAUGUGUUGGAUUGUAGAGGUUGACGUAAACAUUAUUAUUAUUAUUAUUAUUAUUAUUAUUAUUAUUAUUGUUAUUCUGUGUAGUUUGUGUUGUGUUCCUGCUUGUUAACUUAAAGAAUGUUGUAGUGUAGCUGUUAGUAGUUAAAUGUUGUUAUUAUUAUUAUUAUUAUUAUUAUUAU